CGGCAACCAACCCGAACCACAAACGGCCUAGGGUUCGCGACCCACCUUGCCCUCCCCCCUCGCCCCUCGCCGCCGCCGCCGCCAACGCCGGCGUCGCUCGCUGCCCCCGCGCCACUCCGGCGAGACGAGGCGAGGCGACGCUCGCGGAUCAUCGAGCCUCCCCCCUCCCCCCGCACCCCCUCGUCGUGGGGAUAGGGUUUCGACCCCGCAGGUAAUUCAGAGGUACAUCCUACAUGGAUGGCAUACAGACAAGUGACUCUUCGCAUCAUGGAAUCGUAGAAAACAGCCCAUAUAGAACUCCCUAUGAUAGGUAUGCAGAAGGUGGUCAACUUGGUGCCUCCUGGUAUUUUAGUAGAAAGGAAAUAGAGGAGAAUUCCCUAUCAAGAAGAGAUGGAAUUGAUCUGAAGAAAGAGUCUUAUCUUCGCAAGUCAUAUUGCACUUUCCUGCAGGAUUUGGGGAUGAGGCUUAAAGUGCCUCAGGUGACAAUUGCUACAGCCAUCGUGUUUUGUCAUCGUUUUUUCCUUCGUCAAUCUCAUGCAAAAAAUGAUAGACGGACAAUCGCCACAGUUUGCAUGUUCUUGGCAGGGAAAGUUGAAGAAACACCCAGACCCCUGAAAGAUGUCAUACUCAUUUCCUAUGAAAUCAUCCACAAAAAGGAUCCAGCUGCUGUUCAGAGGAUUAAGCAGAAGGAAGUAUAUGAACAGCAGAAGGAACUUAUUUUACUUGGGGAGCGUGUUGUGCUUGUAACACUUGGUUUUGACCUGAACGUGCACCACCCUUACAAGCCCUUGGUUGAAGCAAUAAAGAAAUUCAAGGUUGCUCAAAACGCACUUGCUCAAGUUGCUUGGAAUUUUGUCAAUGAUGGGCUACGCACAUCACUUUGCCUUCAAUUUAAGCCCCACCAUAUUGCGGCCGGCGCAAUCUUCCUGGCUGCGAAGUUUCUCAAAGUCAAGCUUCCAUCAGAUGGCGAGAAGGUCUGGUGGCAAGAGUUUGAUGUAACCCCACGGCAGUUGGAAGAGGUUAGCAAUCAAAUGUUGGAGCUCUAUGAGCAAAACCGUGUUGGACCACCAGCAUCACAAGGGAAUGAUACUGAAGGUAGCUCAGCGAGUGUGGUCAAUCAACGUGCUCCGGGGAAAGCCCCGGGAGUUUCCGAGGAGCCUCCUGCCCAUGAUAACCACCUAGCAUCCAGACAGUCAAGUGUGUCAGGUCACCAGGUCUAUGACCACCCUCAUCCUGAGAGGAAUGAAGGGAGAGAUGGUGCUGCCAAUAGCAGUGAAGGCCCCAAUAUGUCAUCAACGAUGGAUGCAAUGAAAAAGAUAGACAAGGAUAAAGUGAAAGCUGCCCUGGAGAAACGGAGGAAAUCGAAAGGUGAUGUUGCUAAAAAGGUUGACAUCAUGGAUGAUGAUGACCUAAUCGAGAGGGAGCUGGAACAUGGUGUGGAAUUGGCUGCUGAGGACGAGAAGAUCAAGCACGAGAGGAGGCAGAGUUGGCCUCAUUCUGCACAUCGAGAGGAUCACCAAGGUGCCACUCGCCUGACUGAGAAUACUGAAGAGGGCGAGUUGUCCAUAGACAGCCAAGAAUACCGUUCUCCAGAGCUUGACAACAGAAAGAGAAAGGAUAUGCACGAGCACAGGAACUACGAUCGUGGUGAAAGGGACCUUAAAAGGUUAAGGUCUUAGAGUGGAGUGUUAAUGCACGGCAUAUUGUGGACGAUUGGCAUAGUAUCGCAUGUGACUCGGGCCAUCUGAUUUGUAGAACCUAUUUCUUGUCACGAGAGCUUAUGCUUAUAUGUAUGUGGGAGAUUGAACUGUAAUAUAUAAUUUAAAGGAUUGUUUCCCCGGGGAGCAUGUACAUGUUCUAGAGAUGUUAGCUGUUCCUGAUAGUGUUAAGAAUAUUCAGGAGCAGCUUUACGCUGUGAACGAUAUGAAUGAGAGAGCAUCAGAACACUACAUAUAUAUGUAUGCCUGAAUGAGAUUGUUGUAA